GUAAGAUGACGGGUGGGGUGGGUGCACUGGUUAAUGAUCAGUUUGAAUGAUAAUGUUAGUGAAAAGAGAAAAAAAAAAAAAACGUGAUCGCGUUGUCGAGCUAUUCUCUCUCUCUCUCGUGUGGUGUGACGAGUAUCACGAAGACAUUGAAGCCUAAGACACAAAUGUUCAAGACAGAAAGCUGUUUGUUGGCAUGCUAAGUAAGCAACAGACGGAAGACGAUGUACGCCAGUUGUUUAAUCCAUUCGGAACAAUAGAGGAGUGUACUAUUCUUCGUGGACCGGACGGUACUAGCAGAGGUUGCGCUUUUAUUAAAUUUGCAUCGCAUCAGGAAGCCCAAUCGGCGAUUAACUCACUACACGGUAGCCAAACUAUGCCGGGUGCAUCGUCCAGUCUUGUGGUAAAAUACGCAGACACUGAGAAAGAAAGACAGUUAAGACGUAUGCAGCAAAUGGCCGGGAACAUGAGCCUCAUUAACCCUUUCGUCUUCAACCAGUUCGGCCCUUACGGAGCAGCUUAUGCUCAGCAACAGGCGGCCCUGAUGGCAGCCGCAACAGCCCAGGGGACGUACAUCGGUCCGAUGGCAGCCCUGGCAGCUGGCCAACUGCCCCAUGCACUCAAUGGUAUACCGAACGCGGUCGUGCCACCCACCUCCGGUACUGGUUCAGGGCAACCAGUCAACGGGGCACUGCCAUCUCUGCCUUCGCCGACGAUGCCCAACUUCAACAUGGCGGCGCAGACGCCCAACGGCCAGACAGCCCUUUCAGCUGGUUCGAAUGAUCCGUACACGAAUGGCAGUUUUUCGCCCCAAACCUAUAAUGCCCUUCAUUUGCCCCUUCAAGCACACAACGGGGACGCGGCGCUGCACCAAGCCGCGUAUCCUGGAAUGCAACCCUACCCAGGGGUCGCUUAUUCCGCCGUCUAUGGACAAUUUCCUCAAGCCAUUCCCCAGCCGAUGCCUGCGGUAGCGCCACAACAGAGGGAAGGAUGCUCUAUAUCAGGACCCGAAGGUUGCAACCUCUUCAUCUACCACCUGCCCCAGGAGUUCGGAGAUGGCGAACUCAUGCAGAUGUUCAUACCCUUUGGCAACGUCAUCUCGUCCAAGGUCUUCAUCGAUCGCGCCACCAAUCAAAGCAAGUGCUUCGGUUUCGUGUCUUUCGACAAUCAGGCAUGCGCGCAGGCAGCGAUCCAGGCGAUGAACGGUUUCCAGAUCGGUAUGAAACGGUUAAAAGUGCAACUGAAGAGGCCCAAGGACGCCAGCAGGCCGUAUUAACCAGCAUAGUAAUUUAGAUAAGCCGGGCCGGGUUGUGCCAUACGUUAAAGCUUACAAGAUAUCCACCCAAUAACGCUUUCAACUGUAAAAGUCGAGUAUACUAGAUAGAUAAUUCUUUAGGAUUAAAAAGAAGAGGGAGAAGCUGAGUGGUCGAGAGGAGCUUUCCUCGAGUGAGCGGAAGCAUCUACGUUGUUACAACUGUGCUGACAAUGAAAACGAAAGUCAUUUUUUUUUUCAGUGCUGCUACACAAUAGAAGUAGUGGAAGAAACAAAACAAAAACGUAUAGUCAGAAGACCAAAGAACAGUGAUAAAACACAACUUUUCAUGCAGAGCAAAAAGGUUUGCAGAGUUAAAUAAACAAUUUGGUGAUGGUUAAGAUGCAUGAAAAAAAAAAAAAAAUGCAAAAGUACCAUUGCGUUCGAAAAGCGAGACAAGUGUGGAGACGAGAAGAAUAGUGGAGAAAGAGCGGGAUAUUGAGAAAUUUUCUCGUCCGAACCCGUCACACUAAGGUUCACUCAAGUACUAGUCGUACGCAUAUACAUAUACAUAAAUGCGAAUGAAAAAAGAUAAAAGGAAAAAAAAUUAUAUAUAUAAAACACGUCCCUCGGGAGCUUUUUUUCUUAGUCCGUAAGUCCUAUUGAAACAAGAAAAAUACAGAAAUAACACGAGAUACGAAGAAAAAAAAAACAAAAAAAAA